UUCUUUAUAAGUGCUGCGACAUGUCGGAUUGCCCAUUUUUUUUAUGUGGCCAGAUUAGUUUUAGCUUUAAGAUGUUUAAAAGUGACAGUUCAACUAAUAACACUUUAAAUAAUUAUUUUUGCUUAAAAUUCUUUUUGUGAUGUUUCUUGACAUAUAAUUUCUUCGCUAAAUACACACUUUUAUAAUAGAACAUCACGAUGACAGAUUAGCUAAUAUAAUGAAUUUAUUAUUUUAAUUACACUAACUAAAUAGCAUAAAUUUUCGGAAUGGCUUCAUUGAAAAGUUCAAAUUCUACAUCUCGAAGUAACAUUAGUGUGUUGAGUCAUGUGAAAUAUGAACAUCUGAUAGCAGGAAUAUCUGGAGGAGUAACCUCAACAUUAAUUUUGCAUCCUCUAGAUCUCAUUAAAAUCAGAUUUGCAGUGAAUGAUGGCAGGACCAUUGCGGCCCCAAGAUAUUCUGGAUUGAGCAGUGCCUUUGCAACGAUACUUAAACAAGAAGGUGUUCGUGGGCUUUAUAGAGGUGUUGUACCUAAUAUAUGUGGGUCUGGAAGUGCUUGGGGAUUUUAUUUUUUAUUUUACAAUUCCAUCAAGAAUUAUACACAAGGAGGCAAUACAAAUAAAGCGUUGGGUCCAACAAUGCACAUGUCUAUAGCAGCAGCUGCUGGAAUAUUCACAUUAGCAAUUACAAAUCCUAUAUGGGUUGUUAAAACAAGAUUAUGUUUACAAUAUGACGAUGCCAGAAGAGGCAUGAAAUCAGAAGAAUACAAGGGAAUGGUGGACGCGUUUAGAAAAAUUUAUCAUCUAGAAGGUGUGAAGGGAUUGUACAGGGGUUUUAUUCCUGGUAUGUUUGGUGUUUCACAUGGAGCUCUUCAGUUUAUGACAUAUGAGGAAAUGAAAACUCGAUACAAUAUAUAUAGAAAAGUGCCAAUUGAUACAAAGAUGGGCACAUUGGAGUAUUUGAUAUUUGCUGCAAUAUCUAAACUUAUUGCUGCAGCGGCAACGUACCCUUACCAAGUAGUUCGUGCAAGGCUCCAAGAUCAACAUAAUAGAUACACUGGAACAUGGGAUUGCAUAUGCAAAACAUGGAGGUACGAAUCGUGGCGCGGAUUUUAUAAAGGACUUGGGACUAAUUUGAUUCGAGUGACUCCUGCCACAAUGAUCACGUUUUUGACUUACGAACAAGUUUCUCAUUUUUUGUUGAGCAAAUGACGAAGUCGAGAGAACGAAGUCGAUAAUAGCAAAUAGAGAAUUCUUUAGAAUUAAUUGAUUUUUUUUGUAAUAUAGCAUUGGACAGACUCUGUGUCACAAAGAUGUUGUAAAGCAUAUGACAUUUAUUCCUUUGAUAUGAAAAUAUUGCUAGGGCAUGCCACAUUUUGAAUAAUUAUUAUUUAUUUAUCACAAUUCUUAGUACAUUUAUAUUUUCCUU